CGGGGCCUGUGAGGGUCGUGCCAGCCUCGCUCCCAGACGGGGAAGGAGGGCUUGGCCAGCCAGGGCACGCGGUGCAGCUUCCCCUCGUAGGUGACCACGUCCAGCUCGGGCACCUGCUCUCUCACCGGCGGCGGCUUCCAUGAUGGACGAUAGUGAAGAUAUCUGGUUAUCUCUCAAACCCAUUGAACCAUUGCCCUCUCAAUGCUGUGGCAGUGGCUGUAAACCCUGCAUCUACGAUAUAUAUCAGAAAGAACUGGAGCAGUGGAAAGAAGCUAAAGCCAGAAAAGAUAGAAGCCUCCUGACCAGGAAGAAGCAGCAAAGUACCAAUUCAGAACUCACUCCAGAAACAUUUACAGCUUUUGUCAUUAGCUCUGUGGAACAGCUGACAGAGGACACCUACCAGUAUACAUUUGAAUUGCCUGGAUAUAGCAGGCUGGGCUUGAGUUUAGGACAACAUGUUGUGCUAAGAGGACUAAUAAAUGGCUUGGAGGUUCAGAGAGCCUAUACUCCAAUUUCUCCUGUGAAUGCUGAAGGGUACUUUGAAGUUUUAAUAAAGUGCUAUGAGGCUGGGCUGAUGUCAAAAUAUGUUAAAUCCUGGAAAGAAGGGGAUGUGGUUUUUUGGAGGGGACCUUUUGGAGGUUUUCCUUACACAGCCAAUAAGUAUGGCGAACUUUUUAUGCUUGCUUCUGGUACUGGACUGGCACCAAUGCUUCCUAUCAUUAAGUAUAUCACAGACAAUGAAGAUGAUGAAACAUUUGUGACUCUAGUGGGCUGCUUCAGGAGUUUUGAAAAUAUUUAUUUGAAGUCUCUUCUUCAGGAACAGUCUCAAUUUUGGAAUAUAAGGACAUUUUAUGUACUAAGCCAGGAACAUUCACUUGAAAAUCUGCCAUGGAGCUUUCGAGAGAAGACACACAUUGGUCGAAUAAAUGAAAACUUGAUUAAGAGUAUGAUGAAAACAUGUAGAAAACAACCUUUUGUACUGAUAUGUGGCUCAGUGACAUUUAAUGAAGAUAUGGAAAAAUAUUUGAAAGCUAUUGGUCUUGGAGAAGAAUCAUAUUUUAUAUUUUAAAGACCUUGAAGUAAAUAAUACAUCUUUCCUGCAAACAAGCUCAGUUCAGUUUGUGUUAACAAUUUUCAAAACAAUCCCAUAAAUUAACAACUAAUAAUGUAAGGCCUAUAAUUUUACCUGUUUCAGGGGAUAGUGGAGAGAAUAUCAAGCUAUAAGAAACCUUUAGUGUGAUCUAAUUAAUUAUUUUUAUUAUUAUUAUUAUUAUUAUUGCAGUACCUUCAAGUACAGUAGUUUCCAACUUGUAAUGAUGUUAAGGAAAACCUAUCAUGUCAUUUUCCUGGCAAGGUUAGUUGAGAGGGGAAUGGACAUUGCCUCCUUUUGGGGCUGGAAGAGUUUUUGCCAUUUGCUCAAGGCCACCCAGUGGGUUUCCUUGGUAGAGUGGAGAUUUGAGACUAGUUUUCCUAGAUCCCACUAGCUCUCCUAAUAAAUAUACAUAAUGGAAAAAUUCAUUGCAUUUUGGAUUAGCCAUAACUGCAACUUUAACAGAAACAUGCAUCAAGCUGUGUGACUGUCUGUUCUUCUCAGCAUAAAAAAGUCUAUGAUCGUUUGACCAGGAUCUAACAGAGUUGGUCCACUGACCAAACUGCUUCUGCCAAGAGAUCUGGAAGAGGUUAAGAAAGAGCCAAAACAAACUGUCUAGAAACCCCCGGUGCUUUGGGGAUGUGGUGUAUGCAUGACACAUGCCCCAAUGUUGCCCAGAAGCCACCCGGGCUGCCCACACGUACGGCGGCUUCAUGGCACUCCGGCCACAUGCCACAGGAGAGCCAUAAAGUCACAGCAGGGAGGGAAAAACAGCUUUUUGCCAGCUCAAAAAGGAGCAGCAUUUUGCCACUUCUUUUAGGACUGACAAAAAGCCAGAUUGGAGCUGUGGCAUGCAGUUGCCACAGCCCCAACCUUUCUCUCUCACAGGCGGCUUCAAACCACCUCUUCGGGGCAGUCUGUUCUACUCCAACGUCCCAGUAGUUGCUCCCUAGUGUGACAUAGAAUUUAGGCCUUCAUCUACAAUAUAUGGGAGCAUUAUAAUUCAAUGUCAGAACAACUGCUUUGAAUGGCUACGUUCCCAGCUUCACUCUGUGGUCUCUUCACUUAAGAGAUCUUUAAAUGGUAGACUAGUAUUCUGCCUCAUUACAACAAAGCUUCAAAUGAAGUCUUUUGAACAAAUGUUGCUAAGAAAAACCCGCCAUAGGGUCACCAUAAAUCAGAAAUGACUUGAAGGAACACAAGAAGAAAAAAGCAGAUCCAUUUACCUCAUAUUUGUAAUGAGAAGCUACCCAUAUCAGUUCCUGAGGAACAUGGACGCACAAUUUUCUCCCUUUUGCAGUGCUGUGAACACUGGAAACAGGGAAGCAUAUGUAUAAGGCAGCCAGUGCAUCUAUGCUUUUAAUGAUCUCACAGCAAAUAGGAAUUCAGCAGGUACAACUGCAAGCCAGGAAAAACUUUCCCUGGUGCAUUUCUGCUUGUGUCCCAAACACAGUCUAUGCAACCAGUCAAAGGCUGAUAGCUACACAGUUGAUAGCCAGCAGCUAAUGAGCAAGCCCAGUCACAGAGUAGUUCACAAUUCUGCACUUACUUUACUUUAUAAUUACAAGCCUUAAGUCUCAAACAGAGUUCAGCAAUGUCCAAGUCAGGUACACAGCAUCUAGAGUCAACAAACACAAUCUAGAUCAAGCACAGAGUUCAGGAAUGCAACAGACAGCUAAGUAGAUCAGGUAAUCUCCAACAAUUCCUGAAGGGCAGGACUGGAAAUUUAUAGAUCAGCAACUCAAUGCAGCUGUUGGUCAGUUAAUUGCUGCAUCCUAUAAAUCCUCUGAGACCGCAUCAAGCCCUCUCAUUGUUGUCUCCAUUUAGCCAAGGUAGGUAGGGGUAAAUUGUCUUCUAUAUCGUAAUAAUAUUCUUUGCCAGAGCUGGUACUGCACUCUGAUCUAUCUCUAAAAAAUGUAACUCUGGAACCACCUGGACUGGUUCAGCAGCAGGUCCACUGCUUCAGAGUCCAUGUCCUUGAAGCAGGGUAUGACACCUUGCCACAUACUCUUUAAAAGUUUAAAAAUUCAAGCAAAAAAGAUUGAACCAAAGGUGAAGAAUUAAAAAAUUGAAAGGUUAUUUGGGGGAAGGAGGCAGAGCAGGGAGGGAGAAAUAAUCAAAGCGUGGGACAGACUAUCCCAAAAAGAUGGUCUCCUGGUUUGGUCCAUGGGGAAGCCACAGCAAAAAGCGGGUUUUUGCGAUGUCAUAAUGGUGCUGCAACAUGCAGAUGCUAUGCAUCCGGCAUGUAACAAUGGUGGUGCCCAUCUGUACUGGAAGCGCCACCCCUCGCAUGUGAUGAGGGCGUCCUAUCCCGUCCAUCUGGACCAAGCCUAAGAGAGGUAAAGCGCUCACUGGUUGGGUUUGGUUUGACUAAAAAUCUGCAGAAAGCCUAUUGUGGGGAGAGGUAUCCAGGAAAAGUAUUUCUUGAGUUCAACAAUCAGACACCAGAUGAUUAAGGAGAAGAGUGGGAUAUCAGGCCACAUAGGUAGUAGAAGCCAUGAUAAUCCAGAAUCUGCCCUUAAAAAGUGAUAAACCUAUUAAUGGGGGCUUUCAUCCUCUUUAAACUACCCACCUUGUUACAACAGUUUGGAAGUCCAGAAGAAAGUGAAACAGGCUCGAGGACACUCACUCUCUCCACUUCAUCGUGGAAGCUGUCACAACCAAUUAGGCAACUCUAGCAAGCUUAACGAGGGCACUACUGGCUCCUGAUACCAGGUUUCUGCAAUUUCACUCCAUUAGCACACCUGCACUUUGUAAGUUUUUACGUGCUGUGUACCUAUAACCAUCCAAAACACAAUUCUCUCAUUAGGUGAGUGCUUUGAGUAUGAACUCAAAAAGUUUAGGCUGUUUAGCACUUUUAGGAUGUUCUGGAUUAUAUAUAGCAUCUUAUGUAUUUGAAAAUUACAUCACAAGGGAAUUGAUAAGUUGUGAGGCUACAAAGCAAUGCAUAAAAUAAAGCACUUUUUAAAUGUA